AGAGAAGGGCAGGGCCGGCCGCCCUUGGGAGCAGCAUGGACCAAAGCGUCGUGGAUCACCCGGUGACCCUCAUCAUCAAGGCCCCCAAUCAGAAGUACACCGACCAGACCAUUAGCUGCUUUCUGGACUGGACUGUGGGCAAGCUGAAAUCUCACCUCUCUAAAGUCUACCCCAGUAAGCCGUCUACAAAGGAUCAGAGACUGGUGUAUUCUGGCAGACUGCUUCCUGAUCAUCUGCAGCUGAAAGAUGUUCUCAGAAAACAAGAUGAAUAUCAUAUGGUUCAUCUGGUAUGUACUUCCCGGACACCCCCAAGUUCUCCAAAACCCAGCACCAGUAGAGAAGGUCACGGAGCUUCAACCUCCAGCAGUAGCUCAAAUUUGGACCGUUCUGGAUCAAUUGCUGCCUCACCCACAAACCAAGAAGCUUCAUCUACGUCGUUGAAUACUAGUGCAGAUGGAGUGAGGCAUCGUAAUCUUCCACAAACACAAAGCAAUCCUAUACCAAGCCACCAGUUCCCUUAUUUAAUGCAAGGACUUGAGGUGGGACUGGGAAAGUAUUUUGUGUAUCUACCGAGUCAGUCUUGUGCUGUGAAGAGCAAGCACAACGUUGUCUGCUCCUGUGGACUUGGUCGUGGAUCAGGACCCCACUGUGCUAUGCAG